AUGUCGGUGAUCAAGAAAACCAAUCAUAUCAGCCUACUUUCGCUCUUAUUGUGGAUGGUUUUCGCUUGGCUACUGGUCGUCGAAGUUUCUACCGACCUAGCCAUAGACCGUUCUGUAGACACAGAAAGCGACGAGGGCUCUGCCAACGACCUUGAUCAAGAAGCUAGUCAUGCAACCAGAAUUGUAUCCAAUUCUUCGAGUGAUGAUACCGUUUCAUCACCAUCCUCACAAUCUCGGGGCAUUUUUGACGAUAUGGCCAGUGGUUUGAGCACAUUAUUGAGCUAUGGAAGCAGUCCAGUGUGGUUUGAGCACAUUAUUGAGCUAUGGAAGCAGUCCAGUUGGUAUCGUGGUGAAAAGUUUGAUUGCGCUUUAAGCAUUACUUGUGCUAUUUCGGGCAAAAAGUCGAUGGACCUCUGUAAUGGGGGACUCAUCUGGACUUGCUGUGUGGAUCGCGAAAAAAUCGAUCGAAUUGACCCCGACCUUGGGGCCCUUGACAACGCCAAGUGCGGUCAAAUAGUACAACAAAACAGUAUCGGGAAAAAAUCGGCUCGCAUCGUCGGUGGGCACGAUUCUGCAUUCGGCCACCAUCCUUGGCAAGCGGCCUUGAUCAAACAAUCAUUUCUGAGCAAACGAAUCUCGUGCGGUGGUGCAUUAAUUGGAAAACGUUGGGUGAUCACCGCUGCUCAUUGCGUUUAUUCAACUCCUGUGUCGUCGAUGCGAGUUCGCUUAGGCGAGUGGAACGUCAGAGAACAAAGUGAGCCCUUUCCUCAUGAGGACUAUGAGGUGGAGCGCAAAAUUGAGCACAAGGGCUACGAACCAGCCACUUUCAAAAACGAUAUAGCUCUGGUCCGCUUGAAUCGUGAUGUCAAAUACCGCCAACAUAUCAUUCCCGUGUGUUUACCGUCUCCUAAUGAGGUCUUCACUGACAAACCCGCUGUUGUGGUUGGGUGGGGCCGCACCGCCCAUGGCCAGCUAUCUACACCUGCUCGAUUACAAGAAGUGGAAGUGGAAGUGGUGGACAGCACCUCGUGCCAAGAUUGGUUCCGUCAAAACAACAGAAAGGAGACCAUUUUCCAAAAGGAAUUCAUAUGCGCUGGAUUCGUCACGGGCGGGAAGGAUUCUUGUCAAGGGGACAGUGGGGGACCACUCGUCACGCAGAAAGAUGGACGUGGUGUUCUGAUUGGUUUAGUUUCGUGGGGCAUUUCAUGUGCACGACCAAAAUUACCGGGCGUGUACACUAAUAUAGCUCAUUUCUCAUCAUGGGUUCAACAAAACAUCGUCUAGGGAUGACUAUUCUACAUUCUUUCCAAACGAUGGGUCAGUGAGGCUCUGCCUACAAAAUCACUGAUGCUUACUAGUCAACGUCAUCACCCAGGUGGUUCCUACCUUUUGAGAAUGGCUGACAAACGUUGUCGUCUGAUGUAUCUGAAAGUAUCAUCGAAUAAUAUACUUUGUACAACUUUGA